GUCGUUUUUGUCAGAGUGUGGUCUCUCUCUCUCUCUCUGCUUGCAGCGCAUCGUCACUUUAAAUUAUCUUCGUAAUUAGGAAUCAAAUCCUUAGGCUCUAGGUCUUGCUCUGUUGAUUUUUUGUUCGAACAGAGAAAUGGUGGAGGUUAAAGUGACGAUGGAGGUGGGAAACGACGGAGUUGCGAUCAUCACCAUCUCUAACCCGCCCGUCAAUGCUUUAGCUAUCCCAAUACUGGCGGGGUUGAAGGAGAAGUAUACUGAGGCGAUGAGGAGAGACGAUGUUAAAGCAAUUGUGGUGAUUGGCAAAGGUGGAAAGUUUUCUGGUGGUUUCGACAUAAAUGUUUUCCAAAGUGUUCAUAAGACUGGGGAUAUUAGUGGUCUACCUGAUGAAUCUGUUGAUCUUUUUGUCAAUACAAUUGAAGAUGCAAAGAAGCCUUCUGUUGCUGCCAUUGAAGGGCUUGCACUUGGAGGUGGCCUAGAAUUGGCAAUGUGUUGUCAUGCACGUAUUGCCGCACCAAAAACUCAACUUAGCUUGCCAGAACUGAGCCUUGGAAUUAUUCCUGGAUUCGGAGGUACAACUGCUGUUUUAUCCAAGCCUAUAAUUGCUGAAGAAGGAAGGAAGCUAGGCCUUAUUGAUGCUGUUGUGCCUUCUGAAGAGUUGCUGAAAGUAGCUCGGAAAUGGGCAUUGGACAUUCUCGAGAGGCGCAAACCUUGGAUCCGUUCCCUACACAGGACAGACAAGCUUGGUUCACUAUCUGAGGCGUGUGAUGUACUGAAGAUGGCAAGGCAACAGGCCAAACAAACUGCUCCAAUUAUGCCCCAGCGCCAGGCAUGCCUUGAUGUAAUCGAAGAAGGCAUUGUUCAUGGAGGCUAUAGUGGCGUUUUGAAGGAGGCCAAAGUUAGUAAGCAACUGGUCCUAUCAGACGUGUCAAAAGGUCUUGUUCAUGUUUUCUUCGCCCAACGCACAACAUCAAAGAUACCUGCUGUUACUAACGUUGGACUUAAACCAAGACCUAUAAAGAAAGUUGCUGUAAUUGGUGGUGGUCUGAUGGGUUCUGGCAUAGCAACAGCUCUUAUCCUGAGCGACAUAUAUGUUGUUCUCAAGGAAAUUAACUCUGAAUAUCUUCUGAAGGGGAUAAAAUCUAUAGAAGGUAGUCAAUUGGUCCACAGAAGGGGGACUAUAUUUGUAUGUUCAUGAUUCAGAAUUGUUUUCUUUCCUCACCAGGAAAGGAUUAAAUUAGCUGUAUAACAGAACUAAUACAUUGCAGGCUUGGUGGGGGUUGGUCAUUCGCAUUUUUUCUGCUAUAACCAUUGAAUGUUUUUCAUUUGGGAAUAAUGCUUAUAUACCUUAUGUCACAGCGAAUGUCCAGGGCUUGGUAACAAGUACAAAGUUGACAAAGGAAAAAGCGAAGAAAUCCCU